CUUUUCGAGUGUCCUGCUGGACUGGCUCAGUCGCCGGGGCUUCGCCGUUUAUUUUAUUUUUGGUGUGUUUGUUUCUCUUUUUUCCGGCGUCACAGGACUCUCUAGAAAGAAUUAAGUAGUUCCUAGGAAAUAUGAUUAAAUUGUGUGGCACCAUAUUAAUAGCCUUAAAUAUAGCCAAUCUGGUCAGAGGUCAUGGAAGGCUCAUGGACCCACCUGCGAGGAACUCCAUGUGGAGGUUUGGAUUUCCCAACCCCGUGAACUAUAACGAUAAUGAACUGUUUUGUGGAGGAUUUGCUGUGCAAUGGGAGCAAAACGAGGGUAAGUGUGGAGUGUGUGGAGAUCCCUGGCAAGUCAAGGAACCGAGACCUCACGAGGCUGGAGGACUUUACGCCAAAGGCAUUAUUUCGAGGCACUACAGUGUCGGGCAGGAAAUUGAUGUUGAGGUGGAACUGACCGCCAAUCAUUAUGGAAGGUUUGAAAUAUUUUUGUGUCCCAACAAUAACCCCAACCAGGUAGUCACUCAAGAAUGUUUGGAUAGAUUCCCAUUGCGGGUGGUCGGGACUGACUCACACAGUUUUGAAAUUCCCGAGGAUGGCAAGAAAAAGGCAGUUUUUAGAUAUCAAGUACAGUUGCCACCAUACGUGACUUGCACCCAGUGCGUCUUACAAUGGACCUACUACACGGGAAAUCAAUGGGGUAUGUGCGCCAACGGUACUCAGUCGCAAGGGUGCGGCAAAUCGGAAACCUUCAGAAAUUGUGCCGACGUGGCCAUCGUUUCGAGUACCGGUGGAGCCAUUCCUCCACUGUUCGUGGACAACGACAACCCUUACUUGUUGUACUACAAAGACAGCAGGAUGUCCGCCCCUUACAACGUUUAUCCGCUGGUUGUCAGAGACCAGUUAUGCGAACCAAACCACAGCUACAGAAGCAUUCCAGGAAUGAGGGACUGGUGCCAGACGAAUUGCCUGCGGUACCCACCAAACUGCCCGUCUGCUGUCUGCCAAUGCCCAACCACUUGCGUCGCCACCGGUAAAUACGAGGGGGUGUUUGGAGCUGAUGUUCUUUGUAUGGAUGAGUGUUUGACUUACUCGAAUUCGACGGAUAGGUGUCCCAGGGAUAGAUGUCAUUGUUAUGAGGAAUUUUAAUCAAGAUUAUGCCUACUUAUGUAAAUAUUUUAAGUCGACAUUGUUUCCUAUUUUUUCUUGUAAGGGUCCUAGUAAAAUGUAAAUAUUUUCAGUUGGUUUGCGGCAUGAUCAUGCCAGUAAACUUUGGAAUGUCGAAUCAUUUGUUAAAGAUUCCCAAAAUUAAGGGCAUUGUUUAUCUUGAGGUACUAAACAUGUAUAUAUACUUUUGUGGAGUUUUUAGCAACAGUUAUACAUAUGUUAGGGUAAAGAAAAACAAGUUAAAUUAAGGAAAGUAAUCUUAAACAAAUGUAUAUUGCCAUAAUUUUGUACUAACUAAUUUUAUAAAUAAAUAAGAAACAGAAA